UAUACUAAUUCCUAUUCAUCUUCAUUUUGAUGAUCUUCUCUUCUCACCUAAACACCCUGCAUCACCAGUCACAAUUCUGACCAUCCCCUCCCCUUCCCCCCCCCCCCCUCCCCCUCCUCUCCCCAAAACACAAGAAAAAGAAAGGAAAAAAAAAAAAAGAGAAGAGCCCAUCUCUCUUUUUAUAGCCUAGUUUCAUUAAAUAGGCUUCACUGUUUGCUGCUGCAGCACUGGUAGAGCAGAUCCCUCUUCAGAUCCUCCCUCUCAAAUAAUGGCUGACCCUCCCCACUCUGAAACUGAAUCAAGCAGCCAUUCAGGCACACUUGAUUCCGCUCACAUGCAUCACCACCGCAAACGCGGCAGAGAUGACAAUAAUACCACCACCACCACCACUUCCGCUGCCAGCAGAAGCAAUAAUGAUAAUGAUACCCAUCGUUCCAGUAAGAACAGCAAUAGCAGAAGUCAGACUAGGAACAACAGCAACAACAAUAAUAAUAAUAAUAGCAGCAGCAAGCAUCCCGUGUAUAGAGGUGUCAGGAUGCGGGCUUGGGGAAAAUGGGUUUCGGAAAUCCGCGAGCCCAAGAAGAAGUCUCGGAUCUGGCUGGGCACUUUCGCCUGCCCCGAAAUGGCUGCCCGGGCCCACGACGUCGCGGCUCUCUCCAUCAAGGGCAAUUCUGCCAUCCUCAACUUCCCGGAGCUCGCGGGUUCCUUGCCUCGACCCGCCACGUGCUCCCCGCCUGACGUCCAGGCUGCUGCCUUAAAAGCCGCUCAGAUGGAUUUCGAAAUGGACGGACGCGCUAAACCCGGGGAUGAGUCUUCCCAUUCCCAGUCGUCCGAGUCCUCGUCCUCUCGGGUGAUGACGCCAUGCCUGUCCUCGAUGACGUCAUCAUCCUCCUCGUCCUCAUUGCUCUCCAGCGUCACGUCAUCAUCACCGUCCUCGUGCACAGAGGAGGUGUCUACGGCUGCGCAGGCGUCGGAGGCGGAGGAGCUGUGCGAGAUAGUCGAGCUGCCGAGCCUCGGGGCGAGCUACGACUCGGUGGAGUCGGCCCGGGAGGAGUUGGUUUUCAUGGACUCCGUAGAUAACAUGGGAUGGGACUACGGUCACCCGUGGUUGCAUGGCAGUGUGGAAACCUAUGGAUAUUUUGGGGAAAGCCACGCGGGAUUAAUGGGAAUGGCAGAAGUUGAUAAUCCUGUCGUUUCAGGAAGCUUUGAAGGCUUGUUAUGGCAGCUGCACUAGUGAAGACAAGGGAUGCUGCUGCUGUUCUUGAGUAAUUAAUUCAAGCAAAUUGAUGGUGUGUUCAGUUUAUGGUUCUUAUUUUUUGGGACCAUUUUUUGUUUUGUUUUUUUUUUUUUUGGGGUUGAGUUUUGCUCUGUUAAUUUAUGAUGAAAACUCCUCUUUAUUUUCAUGGAGUAAAUCUUUUUCCAUGGCUUGGGAAAAAAAAUUAUCAUAGUAGGUCUAGUAGCAAUGUAUUAAUUAUUAUACCUUUCUUGCAACUCAAGUUCUUGCUGGUUACUUCAAAGUCGAAAGCACGAAGCAGUAGUGGUAGUUUAGCAGCAGUAGCAGGAUUUUGUCUUCUUUGACACUCAGCCUAUGAUUGUAUGGGUGAGAUACGUUGAUGAUCAGAGAGAAAAAUAAAAGGAGAGAAAAGAAGGCAUCGUGAACGUUUUGUUUCUUGCUCCAGCUCCUUCCUCGCAUAAAAGGGUUGAAUUCAUUUGGUUUA